GUGUCCAGGCAGGCAUAUGUUUGUGGGGGUGAGGAGCAGGACGAUGGUACUUGUCUCCAGCCUUGAUGAGGAUUUAAACUUACAGUAGCUGCCCCGCUAAGUGGCCUUGAGGAUGUACGGGGAUGGAGAGGGCACAGUGUGGGACCGGGUCGGGCGGCCCCACCGGGACUGUAUGUGCUACCUUGGACCUCCUACUACUUUGAUGCCGAUCGGGAUGCGCAAGUCGCCCGACGUGAGCCCCAGAAGGCUUUCGGACAUCAGCCCUCAGCUCAGACAGCUCAAGUACCUGGUGGUGGACGAGGCCAUCAAAGAGGACCUCAAGUCCUCGCGCUCAGUGGAGGACAUCAACAGCGCGUCCAUAGAGGAGCGGAUAUUGAGAAUCACCGGCUAUUAUGGAUACCAGCCUUGGAGCGCAAGCUACAAGAGAGAAGACCGCACCAGAGAGAAUGUGGUGGGCACCACAGACGCACAGUCAGCUGGUGGUGCGGCAGGAGGGGAGUCCAGCUCCAGCAGACGGAAGCUCCACUGCUGUAUCAGAGUAACAACAGUACAGGUGCGGAAGGCCCUGUGGGGAGUCGCGAUGGUUAUGUGUGUGUGCUCGUCCUGGGCGGGGUCCACCCAGUUGGCCAAGCUGACCUUUAAGCAGUUUGAUGCCCCCUUCACCCUCACCUGGUUCGCAACCUCCUGGAACUGCCUCUUCUUCCCCCUCUAUUACAUCGGCCACCUGUGCAAGAGUCCAGAGAGGCAGACGCCCAGACAGAGAUUCAGGGAGUGCUGUAGGUUUUUCGGGGAUGACGGGCUGACACCAAAGGUGUUUUUCACUAAGGUGGCUCCUUUUGGCCUGCUGUGGAUCCUCACCAACUACCUGUACCUGCAGGCCCUCAGGAAGAUCAACACAACAGACGUGUCAGCGCUCUUCUGUUGUAACAAGGCCUUUGUCUUCCUGCUGUCUUGGAUUGUACUUAGAGACCGCUUCAUGGGGGUCAGGAUAGUAGCUGCUAUCUUGGCCAUAGCAGGCAUUGUAAUGAUGACCUAUGCUGAUGGAUUCCACAGCCACUCAGUCAUCGGCAUUACUUUGGUCGUGGCCUCUGCUUCGAUGUCAGCCCUCUACAAGGUGCUCUUCAAGAUGGUCCUGGGCAGUGCCAAAUUUGGAGAGGCUGCACUCUUUCUGAGCAUUGUUGGGAGCGCCAACUUUGUUUUCAUCAGCUUUGUGCCGGUCAUCCUUUAUUUUACACAUGUGGAGUACAUUGGCUCACCUGGAGACAUCCCCUGGGCUUACCUCUGUGGGGUUGCAGGCCUGCUGUUUGCUUUCAACGUCUUGGUGAACUUUGGCAUUGCGAUAACAUACCCAACAUUAAUCUCCCUGGGCAUUGUCCUAAGUGUUCCUGUAAAUGCCAUGGUGGACCUCUACACAUGUGAAAUACAUUUCAACACAGUGCGCCUCAUUGCUGUGUUCAUCAUUUGCCUGGGUUUCCUCAUGCUGCUGUUACCCGAGGACUGGGACCAGUGCAUCAUUCAGCUCGCCACAAAACUGCGCAAGCGAGACGAACCAGCAGAGGGCAGUGGAGAAGCAGGCGCCACCACAGGGCUCAACUGGAGAGGGAGAGCCAGGACCUCCAUGUCCACAUUUGCACACUGACUCCAUGAAAUAUUACCAUGCAAAAACACUCACACAGACAAGAGAAGGGAGACACAUUAACACUUAUCCAUGUCAAUGUCAGGACAUUUGACCUGCCUGGUGACCUGCCCUUUCUUUCAUGAAGCUCCCUGCGUAGAAAAAGUAUUUCAGACUGCCCUCUGAUUUGUAACAUUUCAGUCAAGGGAGGAGGUGCAGGAGGCCAAGAUUGUGUAUCAUUUAUUUGAUGUCCAUUCCACUCAGAAGUUAUCAGAGUUGGUGCAUGGACGUGGACAACAUCAAUUGUAACCCCUCUUACCCAAAAGAUUAUCAGGUAAAACUGAUGGAGUCAUUUAUUAAUUUUGCUGUACCUCUUAAUCAUUCCAUGGAUUCACUACAUCCUUUGCGCCUGGAAAGACUUGCCAACUUGCCUGAUAUUUUUCAGUUCUGAGAGAAAAAAAAGACUUUCUGAGGCAAGCCUAACACCGUGUGGACUUGCUGUCUUUAACAUGUACACAUUUACACACCUUUGAGAUCCAAAGAAGAAUGCCUAAAAUGCUGAAUGCCUGAAGACAAAAGGGAGGCCCACUGUGGCGUCCCUCAGGUGUAAACUUAAUGACAAACACCUGCCUUUUGUUCACUGUACAUAUAGCUGUGUCACACGCCGUGGAUGUCCUGGAGCUGUGGACCCAAUGGGCUCAUCUGGUGUGAAGGGACCUGUCUGGAUGCCUGAGGAUCAAUCUGAGAUGAAGAAGCUUUUCACAAAGCCUCUCUCUCUUUAUUCAUCCUGAGAGAGGAGGUCAAGUCCUUUUUGACCACACUGAUUGGUCCCCCCUGUGGUUAUGUGCUUUUCUGGGGCUAAACUCCCACUCUGUCAAUGCUGACACCCAUUGCUCAGGCCCACAGUUAAGUCACGCAAUAUCUAAAACCAGUAUCUCUAUUGCAUAAGUUUUCAAUGCAUGAGACUGUUCAGAUUUGCUUGUCAAAAGGUGUGAGUGCUUUCAUUUCAUCCAGAAAGCACUUGCCUCUCAUUUCCUGUUGCCAAGAAGACUGGCGGCAAACAGUUUAUUAACCAAGCAAUACAGGUAAUACAUGUAUUUACAUGUAUUGUCAUUCAGAUAAUGUAAAAUGUGUUUUUUUAACUGUUCAUUUGCUGUUCAAGCUAUUAACUGGCCCAUUUUCACAAAUAAUGCUUCAGGUAUACCAAUCUGUGGAUGGAGUUAAAGCACUAACAGCUUAUAAUAAGACAGACAGGCUUCAUGAAAACUUGGAACUACCCCUUUAAUAACUUUAAUAGCUAUCACUGAGCCUCCCUUAGAAUUCCUGUCACAUUUAACUUUCUAGACUAAUAUGCACACAAACUAAUCUGCGGCAAUUAUCACUGAUUUUGUUUUCCUGGAGAAAAUAACUGUGGCUUGAGGAGAGGUGUGCUGACACAUGAGAAUGACUCCCAUUUGUCCCCCUCUGCUUAUUGUCCAAAAAAAAUGUCUUACUGUAUCUGUUUCCAUCGAUCACAUUUCUGAGGCAAGUUAACAACCGAGAUGAACCUGAGAGUGACUGAGGCGCACGCCUUGUAAAGCAACUGCUGGAAACUCUGCCUUGUUGUGAAUGUAUGAGCAUCACUCGACCACACAUGCUCGCUAUCCAUUUUUUUUACAGUGCCACCACAGACCGCUGCAGAGAGACUCUUUAAUACUAUCCUUCUUUUACCCAUCUGACUACGUUUUUUUUUUUUUUUUUUUUUGGACAAACUCUUGACGCACAGUACAGGACUUUUUAUAUUUUUGCAUUUGGUUCCGGACUAACCUUGAGGGGGAUAGUAAGUGACAUCUGCAGGACGAGCAUGCACAUACUGUAUGAGCAGAUACAGCUGAAGUCCACUUCACUGCCUUUUCUUUGUUUUGCAAUAGAAUACAUUAGCACUGUUUCCCAUUGUCAUGCUCUAUGACAAUAAAUUAUAAUAUUGUAUUCCUCUGGAAUUAUUGCUAGACAUUAAUGUAAACCUUUGUAAGGAAUGAUGAUUUUUACACUGAGAUGCAACAUAUGAUUAUUACAUUUGAGGAAGAAACAUUUAGAGUGUGAAUAAAUGAAGGGUUUAUUAGAUCUACUGUUGGGUGUCUUCAAGUGUAAUCACAUGUACUAUA